AUGCCGUCUCUAUUCUCCAAGCUCACCGGAGGAUCCUCCAAAUCCAAAUCCAAAUCCAAAAACCCAUACUCAAACCCCCAUCACCCCAGCCACGCGCCCCUCCCAAAACAACCAACACCAUCAUCUCAGCCACUCCCCACUGCAUCUCCCCGCGGCUCCCACGACUACUUAGCAGAAGCGCGUGAACUCGCGAACCGCGAUCCCGUGACUGGCCAACGGUUACCUCAGCCAAAUAUGCCUCGCCCAGCUCAGCAGGCGAGUCCAAGUGCGGACACGAGUGCAUAUCAGAACCGCGCAAGCCAAACACAGCAAACGACGGGAUCGAGAUAUGAUUUGUUUUCGAUUCAGGAGCGAGAGAGGCUGGAGAGGGAAGAGGCGAUUCGGAUAGCGAGGGGAAGGGCGGAGUUUUAUGCGCCAGAGAGGAGGGUAGAGGAGUUUUAUUCGGAGCCCGUGAGGUAUUGA